GUUUUGACAUUUGCCAUUACAAAACAAAUCGGCAGAUUGAGAGAUUCAGAGCAAAAAACUUAGCUGUAAUAUUUUUAUUUAUUACUUAUAGUGCAGUGAAUUAAUUUUGAUAGAUAUUAUCUACAGAUAAUACACAUGACAUAAAACGUACCACAUUGGGAGCAUUAUCUUCUAAUCAAGACAAGCAAAAAUGCACAAGAAACCCAUAUCUUUUGGUAAAAUUAGCCUUAAGGCCACUAAAACAGAAGAAAAUAAGGACAAAAAUGAGGCCAACACAUCAGGUUUCGGUACCUUCGGCCGUACACCUAUCCAGGAACACAAAGAAAUCGAAGAGAUAGCUGAAGACUUGGAAAAUCAACAUGUGCAGCAAGUCAUGGGAAUAAAAAACUUUGGUAAAAAAGCUAAGAACUUUGAUCUCGUCGAAUUAGUGGAGCAGGCAAAGGUAAACGCUCAGGAGGCCAAUAAAAAGAGGUUGGAGGCUGAAGCUGCUAAACCUAAGGAACCAGAGACAAAAAAAGAUGAACAGAGUGAUGAUGAGCUGAUAGGGCCGCCAUUACCUCCAGGUAUGUCACAAACUGCUGAUGAAGAUGAAGAUGAUGAUCUCAUAGGUCCACCAAUACCACCAGAUCUGAUGAACAAGGAUGACAAGAAGAAGGGUAAGCGUGAUGGUGAUGAAGACAGCUACGAUGAGCUGAGUGGGUCUGAUGAUGAGGACUUGCCUUUGGAGAAGAGGAUACCUAAUAGUCAUGAGGUGGAAAUGCUACAUGGCACCAAAGCAGUUGUGGCGCUGGCUGCAGACCCUUCAGGAGCUAGGCUGGCGACUGGAUCCAUAGACUAUGAUGUCUCCUUCUGGGAUUUUGCUGGUAUGGACUCAGGAAUGCGAUCAUUCCGCACCCUACAGCCAUGUGAGAACCACCCCAUCAAGGCUCUACAGUACUCCAACACGGGAGACUCCAUACUGGUGGUCAGUGGCGCUGCUCAGGCCAAGGUGCUGGACAGAGACGGCUUUGAGGUGCUCGAGUGUGUGAAAGGAGAUCAGUAUAUUACUGAUAUGGCUAAAACAAAAGGCCAUACAGCAGCUCUAAACAGUGGUUGCUGGCAUCCGCACAUACGCGAGGAGUUCAUGACAUGUUCCCAAGACGGUACACUACGACUCUGGCUGACUGAGAACCCCAAACAGCACAAAGCCGUCAUAAAACCCAGACAGCAAGGAGGUUUGAAAACCAAUCCAACCGCUUGCACAUUCUCCAGAGAUGGAAACACAGUCGCUUGUGCUUGCUACGACGGUUCCAUUCAAAUGUGGGACCAUAGGAAGAACUUCGUCAAUACCACAGCCUGUGUCAGAGACUGCCAUCAAAAACAGUCAGAAAUAUCCAGUAUAUCAUACUCUUAUCUCGGUUCCUACCUAGCCAGCAGAGGCAAUGACGAUACCCUCAAAAUCUGGGACCUUAGAAACUUCAGAAAACCUGUAAACGUUUUUGGAGACCUAUUUUCGCGGUAUGAGCAAACUGACUGCGCCUUCAGUCCUGAUGAUAGUCUGGUGUUCACUGGAGAGUCUCUGAAGAAGGGUCAGGAUAUAGGAAGACUAAUAUUCUACAAUACAAAGACGUUUGAACAAGUUUCCCACAUAGAUGUGACAAAAAGUCAUGUUAUAAAAGCCAUUUGGCACGCGAAAUUGAACCAGAUUUUCGUUGGAUGCGGUAAUGGAGUUGUUAAGUGCUACUUUGACCAGAAAAGGAGCUUGCGAGGUGCGAAGCUCUGCAUAGUGAAGACGCAUAGAAAGAAGCAUUCGGUUGAAGUUGUGAGCGCUCAGCAGAUUAUCACUCCUCACGCCUUACCGUUGUUCAGACAAGAGAAAUUAAGAACUAGCAAGAAGAAAAUGGAAAAAGAUAGAUUGGACCCAGUCAAAUCCCAUCGGCCUGAUCUACCCAUCACAUCAGGUCAAGGUGGUAGAGUAGCGGCGUCAGGCAGCACCCUAAGCUCCUUCGUCAUCAGGAACCUGGGUCUAAGCAAGAGGGUCGAUGAUGAACAGGAUCCAAGAGAGGCUAUCUUGAAAUAUGCGAAGGAAGCUGAAGAGAAUCCGUUCUGGGUGGCUCCAGCGUAUAAGAAAACCCAACCGCAGCCUAUAUUCCAGGCUGGAAAUGAGGAGGAGGGGCCUUCUGACCCGAAGAAGCCAAAAACAUCGUAGGUUGAAGGAUUUGAGACUUUAUUUGGAAGUGAUUAAAGUCGAUAGUUUGAUAAUGAUAAAUUUUUUGCCCAUACUUGUGAAGGCAUUUCUCUAGUACAAUUGUUACUUAUUCAUAAAUUCCACCCACCUACAUUGCCAUGAUUUUCCUCAUAGAUACUUCAUAAAUCCUUACGCAACUUCACAAAAAUGCAAAGUGCUCGCAAAAAACUACUUUUCAAAAAGACAAAGUCAAAGCAUUUAUUUUAGUUAAUCCUAAACUAGACACUUUUGAGGCGUCAAAUUGGAUUGUCCAUCAGUCUGUCUGUCUGUGAAGCUAGGUGCUCGUUCCAAAGUGUAGCUUCGAAUAGAGAAGAAAAAGCAAGAAACUCCAGUACAUAAUUAUUUAAAUAUACAAAACAUACUAUACUUAUCUUUAACAUAAGUAUCUAUUUUCUGUAGAAAACUUAAUGAUAUUUUAAAUAUUACUAGACAAAUCCUUUUCAAAUGAAGAAAGACGUAGGUAAUGUAAUUCAUUGUACAUUGUACCAAUUAUGUUGAAUUUAAUGUGUACAUAAUAUUUAUGUAAGAAAUAAAAUGAUUGAUUCUAA